AUGAAUCCAACACGAAGCACUCAAAUCCUAACCAAAAAAAUUGAACUUGACAAUAAAAUAGAUCCUCAUAUUUCAGUUGAGGAUCAUAUUAGUAGUCGUUUUGCCAAACAUAAUGUAUAUGCUGUCUCAGUUCAAUAUGAUGAUGCUGCAAGUUCUAAAAAAACUGUUAUUAAAGAACCUUACUGUCUAAAUGGGUUUGCUGCUGCUAUUCUUCAUGCUUACAAUUAUCAUAAACAUUUACGUUUAAAUCCUGAUGAUGUUUGGCUUGCAAUUUCUCAAGGUGUUAGUCAUCAUAUUAAUUUCAAUCCCGAAAAAUUUCGUGAUAGAUUCGUUCAACAUGAAGGAAAAAAAGAUAUUUGUGUUGAUGCUACUGAUAUUAUUUCGGGUUUUAAAGGUGAUUGGCCUGAAGUUGUAAAUAGACUUGUCACCGCAACUGAUAACAAUGUGGAAAAAAUUGAUCUAAAAGAAUUAUUAGAAUGUAAUUUUUCCACAACAACCACAACCUCUUUAACAGCAAGUCGUAUCGUAUUAUUAGAUUCCGUUAAGGCUUAUUUUAGAUAUUUGGUUUCUACAAUGUGUGGAAUUCCAAAAGUUACUCUUGAGGGAACUCUCGAUGAUUGGAUGAAGAUUCAAGAAAAAGUUAUUCAUUUAAGAAAAUUAAAUUUAGAUUUAGAUUUUUGGUUAGAUCGCCUUGAACCUGUCAUUUGGAAUUUGGUUGCUACUUAUCGUGGUGAAAUUGACGAAGAUUUUUGGGGUAGAAUUGUAAGAAUUGAUAAAGUAUUUGGUUCAGGCGGUGGUACUUUUAUUACUGGAUGGAUGUUGGCUUUCUUCCCUUAUAAUCGUGCGAAACAACCUAUAAAUUUUGAUCGCGUGAAACUUCCUCAUCUUCCUGAUGGAAUUGUUGGUGUUCCCUUUCUUCUGGAUGGAAUAAAAUUAAAAUUCUUGGCUGGUUUUAUUGGUGCUAAUCAAGAAAUUCUUGAAGGUUCUGAUGGUGAAUCGGUGGUUUCUCCUGUUAUCGGAUGGUCAAUUAUUGAUAAUCCAAAUGGUGAUGAGUAA